CGCGGAGCGCCAGGGCAGCACCAUCGGCGUGGACUUCACCAUGAAGACGCUGGACGUGCAGGGCAAGCGGGUCAAGGGACAGGAGUUCCCCCCUCAGGAGCAGCUGAAGCCUCAGUGACCUCCCUGACGGACAUGGCUUCACGCACCAGUGCAUGCCAGGCGGAGGAGAGUGGAAGGGCUGCAGCCAGUCUGUCUUCAGGGACCCCAGCAGCUGUCCAGCAUCCAGGCUGUGCCAGGCCCAGUCCCAUGGGUUCCAGCUGCAGAUCUGGGACACCGCUGGCCAGGAGCGGUUCCGCACCAUCACACAGAGCUACUACCGCAGUGCCAGCGGGGCCAUCCUGGCCUACGACAUCACCAAGAGGGGCUCCUUCCUGUCCGUGCCGCGCUGGAUCGAGGAUGUGAGGAAGUACGCUGGCUCUGGCAUAGUGCAGCUGCUCAUUGGGAACAAGUCGGACCUGGGUGAGCUCCGAGAGGUCACGCUGGCUGAGGCACAGAGCCUGGCGGAGCACUACGACAUCCUGUGUGCCAUCGAGACGUCCGCCAAGGACUCGAGCAACGUGGAGGAGGCCUUCCUGCGAGUGGCCACGGAGCUCGUUGUGCGGCACGGGGGCCCGGUGUUCCGUGGGAAGAGCGCCGGCCACCUCCAGCUGGACAGCAAGGACGUGAGCGCAGGCUGGGGCUGCGGGUGCUGACACCGGCUGCCUCCUGCCCUGUCCUGCUGUGCCCAGCUCUUGGGGGCGCUGGGGUUCAGGAACAGCUGGCAAAACCCAGGAACUUGGCACUGGCAGCCCGGGUGCUUGUGGGCGGGCUCCCAGGCAGGCUCUCCAGCCCAGGCUGGCAUGGCACCCACCCUGCCAGCUGCUGCUGACCUGUGAUCCUCACAUUCCAGGGCUGGCCUGAGCUGACCAGCGUGGACCUCGGUGGGAACGUGCUCCAGGAGUGUGGCUGGGGCCUUGAUUUUUCCAGGCCGUUCUGGGGUUUCAUGGCGGAGCUCCAGGCCGAGACCCAGUGUUGGGAGGUCUCUCCUUCCAGGCCAGGAGCCUGCCCCUCCCCAGCUGCAGCUCCCAGAUCAUGCCUGGCUUGCCAAGGCCUUCGAGAGGCUCAAGUGUCCUGGUCUCUAUGUCCUUUUCUCAUCUCAACAGGAGUGCAGGUCACAGCCAGCCAGGAGGGGACUGUCCGCUGCCACUCGGUCCGAGACCAGCCAGCCCUUGGGUGCCAUGUCGUGGUCAGGGCUGAGGAGGGAGGGGAGGUGGAUACGGAUGGUGACAGGAGCAGCUGGCUCCUGAGGCUUGGGGUCAGUGGCACCCCUUGCAGAAAUGGUGCCUGUGUACCCGGCACCUCUCUUGCAGCAGGCUAGCUCCCAGACUCCCAGCAGCAAAGGCAAGGGCCGGUGCUUGUGACCUGGCUGUCUCAUCCCCUGGCCCUUUGCUGCCUUGUUCUGCGCCAGGCACUGAGGUUGUAAGGCAGAAGGUGGGGGGCUCACAGGGAGCCUGGUGGUCUAGGCUGGUCCCUAUCUCUCCAUGUCAGCCCAGUCUAGCCUUAGGGUCACCUCUGCGUGGCCGUGAAUAACAGGCUCCCAGACCCUGGGUGCGGUCCACACCGUAGAACAGGCUCAGGCCCGGGCCAGACCCAUAGUGCCCCUUAACUGCCUAUAGGUAUUCUGAUUAGUCCUCCCCAGGAAGCCUGGGCACAGGGCAGGCAGCAACACGUGGCAGACUGGGACGGCCAGUAGAUGUGGACACUGAGUCCUGGCAGAACCUGAUGCUGGUGGCCAGGUGUGGUUCUAGAGGGAAGAUGGCCUGGCUGGGGCCUGGGUCCAGGGGUGGUGGAGGCAGACAGCAGGACACGGUGGCAAGGCUGGCUGUACCUCCUCCCUGCUGGGGACACAGCAGCCAGCGGAGCCAGGUGGGUUCAAGGCCCUGCUGCUGGCAGGGGUGCAGGUGUCACCUGGCCCCUUCACUGGGGCGCCUGGACCUAGCCUGCGAGGUGGACAGUACCUGGCACCAAGGCACCCUGCAGGCCCAGGUGGAGUCCUCAUGGUUGACUGUGAGAGGCACCCACGGUGGUGCCGCCUUUAGCUCCAUGACCCGCAAGGGGCAGCUGGUUCCGGGGUCACAGUCGGGGCAGUGCUGGCUUUUACCACAAAGCCCUGCCUUGCCAAGCUGUGGUGCUCUGUGGUCUCGGAGCAGAGGCCUGGGCCUCCAUGUGCUAGCUGCAGUCCCAGUUCAGGACCAUCCUGGCCACCAAGCUCAGGAACUGACCCUGCCUCUGCCCUUCUCAGGGCACCAUCUCCUCAGGACACCCUGGGCUGCCACGGAGGUCCAGGGAGGGACAGGCUGGGCUGGCUGGCAUGCAGGCUUAUUCGUGCCUUGGCCUGAGAGCUGCCGCUUCCAUCUCUGCCCUGUGGCAGGAGACCUGAAGCCCUGCAAGGCUUGGCUUAGAGAGGCAGGGAGCUGCCAGCCCAGCCUGGCCCAGCUGCCCCUUCCUGUGGUCUCCUGGCUUGUUUCUCACUUCAUAGCUCCUGAGUAACCUUCUUCUACCCCGGCCUCCAGGCUGGGCAGCCUCACUUCCAAGGGGCCACCUAGAAACCCUGGCCCCUGGGCUCCCGGUAUCUCCCCUUCCUCACCACGACAGCCUAGAGACCCCGACCCCUGGGCCCCAGGCAUCUCCCCUCCCUGCCAUGAUGGCCUAGAGACCCGGCCCCUGGGCUCUGGGGCAUCUCCCCAGCCCACCAUGACAGCCUAGAGACCCUAACCCCUGGGCUCCUGGCAUCUCCCCUCUCCGCUGUGACAGCCCCAGCCUCAUCUGGCCUCUCUGCCACCCCCACUGCCCCAGAUGCCCUCAACCUCCACAGCUCGGCCGCCCCUGUCCCAGCCCUUCCUGCCCACAUACCAGCUCUGCCCUAUCACUGUCCUUCAGAAUCCCACGGAGGACGGGCCACACACAUCCCUAAGGAGAGCCUGCCCCCAGGACCCUGGCAGCUCUCCUCUCCACCCUGUGGGAGUGCCUGAGAGACGGUAAGGGGCCUGUGGGAGGAAGCCCACCACCUGGGCGCCCUCUCCAGUGGCCCAGGGCUCAAGCAAAGGAGUUUCAUCUUCUGGUUUAGUGAGUGCCCAGGAGGUCAGGGAGGGUGAUUCCUGAUCGCAAAGGCUCCUAGGAUGGGGGCAUGUGGGAUCCCCACAAUUCACAUUGAAUUCAGUUACUCUCCCCAGGAGGGUGGCCCAAGGUGGGCUCUGCCCGCUGGGACCCUCUGGGACCCUCUGACCCUGUAGGGCCUGAGCUGGGGAAGGGAGGGCCUGGCCAGCCUAAGGGUGCCAUUGACAUUUGGGAAUUUUCUUGUAUCUAUUUAUGAAUAUGUAACUCUUUAUAUCAAAUCUAUUUUUUAAAACAUGGAGAAGUUGCCUUUAAGGGCACUGUGGAGCCAGAGUGUCCAUUUCUAGGCCAUUAAAUAAAUCGCAUAGCAGCCCGGUGCCUGGGCUGUCCCUCA